CUGAUUCUCGUCCCAAUUGCCCAUCCACCUGUUAGCGAGAGACUCCAGGCCCCUUGCCCGUUUGGCCUGGUCACCGCCAGAGCUGCUCGGGCGGCUAGGUCUCUUGCUAGCAGCCAAUCGUCGUUUGAUUCCACCUUGGCCGAAAAAAAAAGCAGGCCCCCCCCAGCACGGCUGGCUCGCACUAGACUGAGCGGGGAUCGGGGGAAUCUCAGGCCUUCUCCCUAAAGCCAAAGUCCCUUUGCCUUCAACCCAGCGACACUCCUUCGAACCUGCCUGCCUCCCAAUCUUAUCACGUCACAGCCAGCAAAGCAAAACCACCGUAGUCUUCCGGUUAACCUAUUUUUUUUCUCCCUCUCUUUCCGCUUUCUCCUCUUCCAUUCCCAAUUUGCAACAGUAGCGAUCUUUUCCGCGCCCUAUACCCAACCCAAUCAACACCAUGGCCAACGAAGUAAGUCAGCUCCAGCCGCACGCCGUCAACGCCGGCCUUCGGGCGCAGACGGCCUAUUCCCCCAUUUCUCGACACCGCCUUCCCCUUGGCGCCGGCCAUGGCCAGCAGGAUCGCUAUGCUUCCGGCAAGGUGCAACACAUAUGCUAACGUUUGCCUUGUUCUUGGUGUAGCGCGAGAGCAAGACUUUCCUCGCCCGCCUCUGCGAGCAGGCUGAGCGUUACGAUGAGAUGGUCACCUUCAUGAAGGAGAACGUCGUCGGCACCCGCCGCGCCAGCUGGCGCAUCAUCUCCUCCAUUGAGCAGAAGGAGGAGUCCAAGGGCUCCGACAAGCACGUCGCCAUCAUCAAGGAGUACAGGCAAAAGAUUGAGACUGAGCUUGAGACCGUCUGCAAGGAUGUCCUCGAGGUCCUCGACGAGGCCCUCAUUCCCCACGCCGCCACUGGCGAGUCCAAGGUCUUCUACCACAAGAUGAAGGGUGACUACCACCGUUAUCUUGCCGAGUUUGCUUCCGGCGAGAAGCGCAAGAACGCUGCGACUGCGGCUCACGAGGCUUACAAGAACGCCACCGAUGUUGCUCAGACUGAGCUCACUCCCACCCACCCUAUCCGCCUGGGUCUCGCCCUCAACUUCUCCGUUUUCUACUACGAGAUUCUUAACUCCCCUGACCGCGCCUGCCACCUCGCUAAGCAGGCUUUCGAUGAUGCCAUUGCCGAGCUCGACUCGCUGUCCGAGGAGUCUUACCGCGACAGCACCCUUAUCAUGCAGCUCCUCAGGGAUAACCUCACUCUCUGGACCUCGUCCGACAAUGGCGAGCCUGAGGCCGCCGCUGAGGCCCCCAAGGCCGAGGAGAAGGCUGAAGAGAAGGCUGAGGCUGCUGAGGAGAAGGCUCCCGAGGAGCAGUAAGCGCAUCUUUCCAGACCGUGGUUUCUUUCGCCAUGACGGGUGCAUGCCCUCGCUGGUCGCCUGAGGUGUACCGGAGUGGCACCGGAAACGCCCGUCCUUUGCGCAACUGGUCUCGUGUUGCUUCUUGACUAUGAUAGCUAGGAUUUUUGUAAACUUGAGCUGGGCUUUGUUCUCUCUGGACUUGACCGGCUGGCGGAUGGAGCGUGAAAUAUGCGGCACAUUGGCCAUUGGCAGGACGGGGGCUUCGAUAAAGGAAGUUGGUUGAUGUCGGGGGCCACUGAAAUGCAGGGCAUGAUAGUCGUUUCCUAUUCUCUUAUUAUUAUCCUUUCCCUGUUGUCUUUGUCGCCACGCACCUCUCCCUUCCACCUGUUUUUUCUCGGAUGGGAAGAGGGUAAGAGAAGGAAGCAAGAAGGUCUCUGUUUAACAACUUCCCCCCCCCCCCCCCCCUUCCCAACAAAAAGCCAAAGGAACUAUACCAUUCCACUUGGCGAGGAAAACAAAUGACACUCCAAUCAGAGAUAUAUCCCUGUCCCUUAUGAGGACGUUCACGUACCAUGAUUAUUUUGCGGUGCUUCUAAAUGCCCUUACACUACCUGCCCUUACUGGAAAAGUUUGUUUUCUAAACUUAAUGUAGACUCAGGAGGAUCAGGCCUUGAUAUCUUUAUACCAUCGGUGCGGAAAAGAACAUAAUCAUCCUU